GAAACUGAUAUAAACAUUGGUUUGACCGAGAAGGAAGCUAGGAGAAGAUUGGAUAUACUCGGUCCAAACGAAUUAAAAGAAGAGGAAGAAGAAUCUUUAUUUUCUAAAUUUAUUGAAAAAUUCAAGGAACCAAUGAUUUUACUCUUGUUGGGAAGUGCUGCAAUUAGUCUUCUUUUAGGACAAUAUGAUGAUGCUAUUUCUAUUUCUUUGGCAGUAUUCAUUGUAUGUACAGUGGCGUUUAUCCAAGAAUGGAGAAGUGAUAAAGCUUUGGAUUCAUUAAAAGAACUUACAACACACAAAGCUACAGUGAUUAGAGAUGGUAAUCCUCAAGUUAUUUCUGCUUCGGAUAUUGUUCCUGGUGAUGUUGUGGUAUUUUCAUCUGGUGAUCGAAUUCCUGCAGAUGUUAGACUUGUUGAAAUUUCGAGAUUGGGAGUUGAUGAAAGUGUUUUUACAGGAGAAGUUAAUCCUGCAAGCAAAACAAUUGAAAGAGCUGAUCUUCCUUUCCAUCAAUCUGAAGAAUCAUCCAGUAAUCCAUUCCCUAAAUCUACACAUGUUUCUGAUUGUAAAAAUAUUGCCUUUAUGGGUACUUUGGUAUCUGUUGGUAAUGGUAAAGGUGUAGUUGUUUCAACUGGACAAAAGACUGAAAUUGGUAAAAUUUCAGAUUUAUUGAAAUCAAUUGAGGAAAAGAAUACACCUCUUCAAGAUGCUAUGGAUGAUUUAUCUCAAAAGAUUUCCUACUUAUCUUUUGGAGUUAUUGGAGUUAUAUUCUUAAUUGGUGGUUUAACUGGUAAGCCAUGGUUGGAAAUGUUCCAAAUGGGUAUUAGUUUGGCUGUAGCUGCUAUUCCAGAAGGUUUACCUAUUGUAGUUACUGUCACUCUUGCUAUGGGUGUUAUUAGAAUGUCUAAAAAGAAGGCUAUUGUUAGAAAAUUACCAUCGGUUGAAUCUUUGGGUGCUUGUAAUGUUGUUUGUGUCGACAAAACUGGUACCUUAACAAAGAAUGAAAUGACCUUGGUCAAGGCUUUCACUCUUGCUGAACAAGAUGCUGUGAUUAAUGUUACUGGUCUUGGUUAUCAAGCAUACGAAGGUUCUUUCCAUAAGGCCUCUAUUUCUUCUCUUAAGAAUAGAUAUGAUCAUAAUUUGGGAGAAGCUAUCAAACCAACUGAAGUUUCUCAUCUUCAUACCUUACUUAAAGUUGGUGUUGUUUGUAAUAACGCCUCAGUUGAUUUUGCUACUUCCAAGAUUGUUGGUCAACCAACUGAAGCUGCUCUCAUCACUGCUGCUCAAAAAGGUGGAUUGGAUGUUGCUGAUAUUAGAUCUAAACAUAAGAGAGUUGAAGAAAUACCUUUCAGUUCUGAACAUAAGUGGAUGGCUGUCAAGAGUAAGAAUAUUGAAACAGGAAAGGAAAUGUACUAUGUUAAGGGUGCUAUUGAAAACAUUUUAGGAAAUUGUACUCAUUAUUGUAUCGGAACAGAAAAUCAAAAGAAACCACUGAACGAUCAAUUGAGAAGAGAAAUUGAAAAUACAUCUUCACUCUUUGCUGAAAGUGCUCUCAGAGUUAUGGCUUUGUGUGUUGGUGACAAACCAAGUUCUGAACUUACAUUUGUUGGUGUUGUUGGUAUUUAUGACCCUCCAAGACCAGGUGUUAAGGAAGCUGUCUCUGCAUUAUAUAAGGGUGGUGUUAAAGUUGUCAUGAUUACUGGUGACUCUAUGAAAACAGCUGUUGCCAUUGCUAAGGAGCUUAAUAUUGUUCCUGAAGAUGGUGAUGAAAAGGAAUAUGCUUUGUCUGUUGAAGAUUUAUCUACUUCAGACUUUGAGGAUAAGAUUUAUAAGGCAAGAGUUUUCUAUAGAAUGGCUCCUGUUCACAAGAUGAAGAUUGUCAGCGCUUACCAAAAGGCUGAAUACGUUGUUGCCAUGACUGGAGAUGGUAUUAAUGAUGCUCCAGCUCUCAAAAUGGCUAACAUUGGUAUUGCUAUGGGUAAAUCUGGUACAGAUGUCAGUAAGGAAGCUUCAGAAAUGAUUUUAGCAGAUGAUAACUUCCCAACUAUUCUUUCUGCAAUUGAAGAAGGCAAGGGUAUUUUCAGAAAUAUUAAGAGCUUCUUGAGAUAUCAACUUACCACCUCAGUUAGUUGCAUGUUUAUCAUUAUUUUCUGCACAUUUAUGGGUUAUCCUUUACCAUUGAAUCCAAUGCAAAUUUUAUUUAUUAAUAUUAUCAUGGAUGGUCCACCAGCUCAAUCACUUGGUGUUGAACCAGUUGAUGAAGAUGUAAUGAAUCAACCACCUAGAGAUACUAAAAAGCCAAUUACCUCUGGUAAGAUUGUCAUGUCUGUUGCCCUUUCUGCCCUUAUUAUGGUUAUUGGUACAUUAUACGUUUUUAUUCGUGAAAUGGCACAUGAUGGAGUUGUCACAGCACACACAACAUCAAUUACAUUUACUACUUUUGUUUUCUUCCAAAUUUUCAAUGCAUUCAAUUGUAGAUCUGAAAAGAAAUCAGUUUUCCAAGUUGGUUGGUUGACAAAUAUUCCACUUGCCCUUUCUGUUGGAGGCUGUUUGUUAGGUCAAUUAUCCAUGUUAUAUGUUCCAGUAAUGAGAGGUAUUUUUGAAACAGAACCUUUGAGUUUAUCUGAGUUACUUUAUGUUACUCUUGUUUCUUCUAGUGUUUGGUUAAUUGAAGAAGUUAUCAAAUUUUUUGAAAGAAGAGUUGAAUCAAAGUAUCAAUACAAUUAA